AUGGCGGCCGACUACCAUGAGCUGGGUUUCCUUUCCCGAGACAUCGACGUGCGGCCGAUUGCUCCAAAGCUUGAGGCCUUUUUCGAGCCUCGCUUGGCCCCUGCCCGUGCGGCCGCCAUUAGCUUCAAAACCAUCGUGGAUGGCCUCACGGAGGUCGUUUUCCAGAACUACCCCUUUACAGUGCCGGCCUUCUAUGCACUCGUCGUGCGAUCUUUGGUCAAUCUGGAGGGCUUGGCGCUGUCCAUCGACGAGGACUAUCGGGUCCUUGAGGCGGCGUACCCCUACGUGGCACGGAGGAUUCUCCUCGAUUCAGAGCUGAGAAGCAGUCUGAUGGAGUUGCUCUUCAGCUCCCUCCCCAGCACCGGCGCGGCCACCUUUGCGAGCUUUCGCUGGGACCGCGCAGCCAACUUGCUCCGGGAGUCCUCCAAGAGCAGCAUCAGCGUUCCUGGGAAGACGGCCGACGGACGAUCCGAUGACACGGCCCUGCUGGUAGAUCUGGCUUCCUCCUUGAUCGAGGAGGAGGCCUUUCGCCGCACGUUGUUGGCCGAGUUGGCCUCGACGGCGGACGUGAUGAUCGCAGACAUGAUUGGAGGAGCUGUGGCUGGCAUUACCGGCGACGAACCGGCCUCAGCAGACUUCAAGCGAACUCUGGGCCUCGGGUCCGAGGAUGAGGCCAAAGUGUCAAAAGUCAAAGAGACCGUGAAUCUGAUAGCCGAGAAGGUCGCUGAUCGCAUCCCGAAUGGCUUGGAUGCUGUAGGCUGGGCUGCACAGGCCGCCGCAGGUGCUUUGCAGGACAUGGUGGCCCCCGGAGAGUCGACCUCACAGCCACAAAAGAAAGGGCCAGCACCAACGCCGGAUGCUAUGGCUGGAGAAUUCCUUGAGCAGCUGCGCGAGCGGGCGGCAGUGAGGACGCUGAAGGCCCUGGCCAACCUCCUGGGCAGUGAGGACGACGGACGCAGCGCAGGUGGCGGUCCUCAGCGGGGACGGGGCGUCACUCGAUGA